AAAUGGCAGCUUCUCUGUGGAAGCACUUACUUAAGACUACAAAGAAGAAGAUACUGCAACAGAGAAGGGCGUCACUUUAUGUCGGUGCUCAUGGUUAUGAGGAAGAACUGAUAAAGAAGAAACUUCAGCAGUUUACUGGUGGAUCCAUCAACCUCUCCAAAGAAGACAAUGGCAUUGGAAUACUUACUUUGAACAACCAAAAACUGAUGAAUGCCUUUACAG